CUUGAUCACAUCCUGUCCCCUCCACCUAUGCCUCUGCGGAAAUCGAGCUAUCCUGAGGUGUCUGCUGGGCUCAGGAAGCCUUUCAAGUUCAAGAGGCAGAUGAGUGAGGAUGGGCGGCAGCUCAGACGAGGCAGCCUUGGUGGUGCUCUCACCGGCAGGUACCUGCUUCCUAGUGCAGUUGUACAGCAGCUGUGGCAACCUGCAGAAACCUCUAAUCUGGUUCGCAUGCGCAGCCAAGCACUUGGGCAGUCAGCACCUUCACUUUCUGCUGGUUUGGAAGGGGCGCCUCAGAAGAGUCAUUUCAGCUCAGCACGUCACCGUCAGAGACUAGUGGAACCAGCGGCUGCAAAAAAGGAACUGAGCCUUCCAAGAAGAGGGAGUUUCUGUAGAACAAGCAACAGGAAGAGUUUGAUGGGCAAUGGCCAGUCUCCAGCCCUCCCUCGACCUCAUUCACCUCUCUCAGCUCAUGCAGGAAACAGUCCUCAAGAUAGUCCUAGAAACUUCUCUCCCAGUGCCUCAGCCCACUUUUCUUUUGCACGAAGUCAUGGGCACCGAAAUGACAGGACUGAUGGUCGCCGCUGGUCUCUGGCUUCUCUCCCUUCUUCUGGCUAUGGUACAAAUACACCCAGCUCAGCUGUUUCUUCAUCCUGUUCCUCUCAAGAGAAGCUACACCAGUUACCAUACCAGCCAACGCCUGAUGAACUACAUUUUUUAUCUAAACAUUUCUGUACCACUGAAAGCAUUGCCAGUGAUAGCAGAUGCAGGACCACUCCAUUGCGUCCUCGGUCCAGAAGCCUCAGCCCUGGACGUUCUCCUGCCUGCUGUGACAAUGAAAUAAUAAUGAUGAACCAUGUCUACAAAGAAAGGUUCCCAAAGGCCACAGCUCAGAUGGAAGAACGGCUUCAGGACAUCAUAACAAACCAUUCUCCAGAAAACGUCCUUCCCCUGGCAGAUGGGGUG